AUGAAGCCAGCAGUGGCAAAGGUUGUGAAUCCUUUGGGCACCGUGGUGAACGUUCAUUCUGACGACGAAGCCGACGUAGAAGUUUUCGAAGAAGCCAUUCACGAGAAUUGUGAUGAAACGCUAUUUAGGCCAGUAGUCGCACCUAAACCUGCACUGCAUAACGAUAAGGUGCAAUACGGUGAGAAUAUUCUUACUAAAAGUUUAGAUUCCACAACGGAAGUAGCUGUUAAAAUAUUAAAGAAAUCCACAGAUAAAUCAGAAGACAAACCGAUUGCUAGUUCCAACAAAAUCACGUCGGUAGAUGCCAAGAGUAAAAGUGAAAGUAAAAGAUCUAAAAAAAUUAUUACCAAGGUUAAGGUAGAACCCAUUUUUAACCUUUUAGACACCAAACCUUUAACACCAAUUGUUACAGAAGUAGAAAAGGUCAAACCUCUAGUAUCCAUAGAAAAAUUAAACAUAGAUUUUGAACAAAGCAAUAAAAGUCUCUUAGACUUCCCUACUUUAGACAAUGACGAUUUUUUCUCUCUAGAAAACCUUCCCAAGGUUGAGAACUUCGAAGACGCAAACGAAGAGCCCAACACAGCGUUUAGCGAUAAGAAAAAGUCCAAGUUAAAAGUCGAUAGAAGCAGUAUAGAGCACGUUUCAGAGAACAAUUCAUCAGAAGAAAAUGCUUUUGAAGAAAAAGUAGCUCCCAAACGCAACAGAAAGCCGAAGGCAAAGCUAGGCGUUAAGAUAGUUAAUAAUAAUAACGAAAAUAGCAACGCGGAUAAGAACCUAGAGAAUUCUUCAUCUGAUAUAACACUGCCCGCUCCACCCAAGAAAUCCUGGAGCAACAUUGCUGCUACUAAACCCAAACCGAAGACUAUCAUCGAUUGCACAGUAGACGAUUUGCCCAAGAUCGAAUUCGUUGAAGAAGAAUUCACCAUACAGUUGCCCAAGAGGGCGCCUCAGGCUUCUCCAAACAUAUCAGACUUCAUCGAUGUAAACGUCAGCGAAGAGGAAAAGGCGGAUACCGAUACAGAUAAAGAUGUCUUCUCCAUACCUGAAGAUUCGUUUUUGUUGUCGGCAGGCCAUAAGUGUUCUGAUGAUGAAAAGUGUGACCUGAGCAGCUCCCCCACGGAGGCUACUGAGAGCGACGAUUCGGGAAAGAUUUCCAACACCACGAUUUUUGUAGAGACCAAAGUACCCACGAUAGCCAAGAGUUCGAAGAAGAAAAAGAAGAAAAAAUAA